CAAACAUCUCCAAGGCACGCGCACUCCAUAGCAACGCAAUACAGUCACAGACAUGGAAAGUCCCCAUGAACACCAGCAAAGCCAACUGCUUUCACGCAUCAUUGUCAAUGUUGAGAAACUAAACGAGGCAAUCAUGAUGUUGAACAAGAACCUCCAGGAGAUCAACAUCCAGAAUAUGGACACGGAGCUAGUGGCCCAGAUGUUCAAGAACUACCAAUCCAACGUGCUCUUCCACCUUGAAGCAACGAACGGUCUUAAGGAUCCUGCGUGAGCGGGAGCAUGCACGGCCUCUCAUGUGUAUAUAGAUUGUGUCUUCAGCAUGCAGUAGACGGCGGAUGAGCCUAGUAGAUAACCCAUGCAUGCAUCGCAGUAGGAUCACAACUGAAGUGACCAGGUGCCCAAAUAAUGAGAUAUGGUAGUACUACAACUCGUACGCAGAAGCAUAAUACGUAGUGGGCCCAGACAAGGCAUAUAUCCAAGCAGCAUGCGGAGACGGGCCCGGACCACCGAGCACCAGUACCCAGAGAGCCUCACGAC